ACCGAUAAGAUACCCCAUAAGCUCCUUCUUAUCGACACUUUUUCAUCAUCAGCACUUCGCCCCCACAACCUUACACAUUAACCAUAAUAAUAGAUAAUCUUUUUUUUAAACAGUGUCGAUUCCGUAGUUUAAUCAUUAUGGAUCCAUCAUCAAUUCCGUCACCACCAAAACUGCAGGUGGCGCAUGUGCUCGCUGAUCUUAACACCCUCAAACAAGCAGUUCGUCAUCUCCACAACUCCAUCUCUCUGUCCAUGUCUACUCCUAUGCCCCUCCACCCGCGCACUUAAGACGUUACAAUAUUCUGUGGCUUUGGAGAUAUUUACCCGCAUUUCCGCCUACAAUACCAAUUAUUUCCCUGAUUUUACGUGCUAACCAGUCUUUCGUGUAGCCUCCUAAAGCCACCCUCUCCUUCCUACGCACCCUCUCCACCAUUUCAGCCGACAUACACGAAAGGAAAACAUCGAUCCAUUCACAGCCAGUGCCGACAUUUGAUCGCCUCGGCCGCCGUAUACCUUCCACCCCCCAUGUUAUCCAGCCGCCCUCCGCGUUCCAAUCCCCAUCUCCUCCGCUUAGGAAACGCUCAUCUAUGGAAUCAAUUGAUCUUCCAGAAACCGAGGAAGCAAAGGCAGAGAGUCGAGAACGACGUCUUGAGAGGACAAGUAGCGGGGUAUGUUAUAGAAUUUAUACUGUUAACUCAAAGCGAUAGCUAAUGAGUUAUAUCCCAGAAAGAUGAGGAGUCCAUGCGGGCGAAGACAUUACUGGCGUAUUACAAUAAUCGAGACAAGCUACAGGAGAAGGGUGAAAAGGGAUUAGCAUUAUCACAGGAAAGGGUUAAUAAGGCGUUAAACGAACAGGCAGAAAAGAGACACCAGGUGAGGAAAAGAGCUUCUGUUGGAAGACUUGGAGUACCGGAUACGGCUAGUUACUUUUAACACAUAAAUUUGAACAUUCAAAUACAAUGAAUGAAAAUUCUCAAUGCUGUUCAUAAGAAGUCCACUUGAUAUUC